GUUUGCGCUGAAGGUACUUGUCCACGAUUUUUACCUUAGAGAGAAAUAGUAGCCAAUGGCCCCUUCCAUAACUUUCCCUUGUUUAAGCUUCAACUAUACUUUGUGAAGAAUUCAUACAUAUUGUAACAAAACUACCAUACUUUACUACUUUAUAUAGGCCCAUUGGGGACUUCUGUGAGACUUCGCAACGGCACGGCAUCGGGCUAUGUACUUGAAUCAUAUGCAGGUGAUAAUUGUGUUUUUCAGAUCAUGAAUGUCCAGCUGGACGCCAACACGUGUACUGGAUAUACAAUGCCAUUCAUUGGGACCACCUAUGCUAUUGUCGGUGAAGUUACGGGGCAGAAUACACUUGGGCAAGAGGGACAACCAAGUGUCACACAGAUGACAACAGUCGGCGUGACGCAGGAUGACGGUCUGGUGGUGCAGGUGAUUACUUCCACAGUGUUCGCUGUGCCGACUGAGGUUCAAUCUACUGUUGGCGACGAUGCAGCCUCCUCGGCGUCUGUAUUGCCUACUGGCAAUGUAUCACAUUUGAUAUGCUACUUUAUUGCUCUAGUUAGUGUUAUCAUCGAAAUCUGAAUGGGAACACUGCCUUCCACAUUAACAAUUUGAGCAGAGGGAUCUGAGAUUGCCCAUGUGGUCCUAAAGUGAUGAAUAAAUGCAACAAUCUGCUAAAUCCACCGGCAUAUUUUGCAUAUCCUGACCUUGAUAAUAUUAUGUAUGUAAAUAAACAAUACAAGUUUCCG